ACGGCGACGACACAUCACGACGAGAUGGCGAAGCAGAGCGACGACGAUUACAAGGUCGUCGCGACCCCCAAGGAUGACGUCGUCACCAUCCAAGACAAGCCCGUUGGGAGCGCCACUGCUCUCCACAGCGGGACCGAAGACAUCGAGUAUGACUUUCCGUUUAGUGCCAUGUACCGGUACGCGGAUGGAAAGGACAAAGUCCUCAUGGCCGUGGGGCUCGCUAUGUCGUGCGCGAACGGUGCUGCGUUCCCGUUGAUGGCGAUCAUGUUUGGGGACUCGAUCAACGGAUUCGUUCCACCCAUCAAGAUGGACGUGAUCAACAAGGCCGCGUUUGAGUUUCUCAUGUUAGCGGUUGGUUUGCUCGUAUCGGGAUACGCGUCGUACGCGUGCUUUGCGAUUGCGGCAGAACGUCAAAUGAAGAAACUUCGCAGCGAAUGUCUCAAGCACAUCAUGUACCAAGAAAUGGGCUGGUACGAUCAACGGGACGCGAGUGAACUUGCCUCGCGCAUCUCUGGUGACACCGUCAAGAUCAAGGAAGGCAUGGGUGAAAAGCUCGGUGAAGCCCUCCGCUUUAUCUGCCAGUUCCUUGUCGGCUACGUGAUUGGUUUUUCUCGCGGUUGGAACCUGUCCCUGGUGAUGUCCUGUGUGAUGCCGCUCAUGGCGAUUUCCUUGACGUUUUUGAUCAAGCGCUUGCGAGACAGUACUGCCCGCAGUCAAAAAGUGUAUGCCGCCGCUGGCGCCGUUGCCGAAGAGAACAUUGGAGCUAUUCGCACUGUCGCGUCUUUGAACGGCGAGCAACGUGCCAUCGACAAGUACUCGCUCAAUGUGUUCAAUGCAGAAGUCGAAACCAUCGGUGUCGCAAAGUUUGUGUCGUUCGCCUUGGGCUGGUUCUUCAUGUUCAUGUGGCUAACGUACGCAAUCGGUUUGUGGUAUGGUGGCUGGCUCGUGUCGAAACAGUCUGGUCCCGUUAGUGAUCCUGGCUCCGUCUUCAGCGCGUUUUAUGGUAUUCUGUUGGGUACGAUGUCGCUUGCCCAAAUUUCUCCCAACAUCAACGCUGUUGCUGCCGCGAAGGGUGCCGCCACCGCUUUGUACAAAAUCUUGGCGCGUCCCUCUCGAAUUGACGCGUCGAUUCUCGACGGAGAAGUGCCCUCGCACUGCGAUGGUGACAUCGAAGCCCGAGACCUACACUUCACUUACCCCACCCGUCCUGAAGACCCAGUCCUGCAGGGGUAUUCGUUGUCGAUCAAGAAGGGCGAAACUGUGGCUUUUGUCGGCGCUAGUGGCAGCGGAAAGAGUACGUUGGUUGCUUUGUUGGAACGAUUCUACGAACCGACGAGCGGAGCGUUGUUUUUGGACGGACGCGACAUCUCCACGUUGCAAAUCAAGUGGCUCCGGUCCCAAAUUGGUUUGGUUUCUCAAGAGCCAGUGUUGUUUGCCACGACUAUUCUGGAGAACAUUGCUGCGGGCGGUGACAAUAUUUCACGUGAAGAAGUGAUUGCUGCUGCGAAGUUGGCCAAUGCCCAUGAUUUCAUUUCGAAGCUCCCCCAAGGCUACGACACGAUGUGCGGCGAAAAAGGUGCGACGUUGUCGGGUGGCCAAAAGCAACGCGUAGCGAUUGCCCGCGCAUUGGUUCGUCAACCCAAGAUUUUGGUUUUGGACGAAGCCACAAGUGCUUUGGACAACGAAAGUGAGCGUGUCGUGCAAGCGGCGUUGAAUAACUUGAUGGCACAAACCAAGAUGACGACGAUUGUGAUUGCCCACCGUUUGAGUACGAUUCGUACGGCCGACAAGAUUGCUGUCAUCUCGAAGGGUGUGGUGGCUGAAAUUGGUCGUCACGAGGAACUGAUGCAAUUGGAAAAUGGAUUCUACCGCACAUUGGUAGAACUCCAAACGAACCGGCCUGAAGAUGACGAAGUGAUCGACGUUGAGGAACCCCGUGUGUCAAUGGUGCUCGAACAAGGAGGUGAACAUGCUGAGCUGGUGCGCAAGUACAGUAAUCUGUCCCAAAUCAGCGCGGAUCAUUUUUCCAAUUAUGAAGGCCUAAACGAAGUCGAAGUGCCGUUGUCGCGCAUUUUUGAGCUCACCAAGCCUCAACGUUGGUAUUUGAUCGCUGGUGUGAUUGCGUGCUCGAUUCAAGGGUUCGCUAUGCCUGGUGUGUCGCUAAUUAUCACCCAAGUCAUCAGCGACAUGAAUGCGUUCUAUGGGAAGUACCUCAAUUCUGGCAAGAAGGACACGACUGCUUUAACUGGCUUGUACGACGCUGUGUCGGCACAAGCUCAGAUUUUCAUCAUCGUGGCUGUCGCGAUUUUCUUCGUGGCCUAUGUCCAAACGUUCUCGUUCCGUGUGAUUGGUGAAAAGUUGACGACUCGCCUCCGCAACAUGCACUUCCAAGCUUUGAUGCGCCAAGAUAUUGGGUUCUUCGACUUGGACGGUCACACGACGGGUGCAUUGACCACGGAUCUGUCGACCCAUGCGACCAAGGUGGUGGUAAUUGCAGGUGAAAACCAGGCGCGCAUUAUCCAAUCUUUGUUCACCGUCCUGUCGGCCUUUUUCAUUGCAUUCUUUUGGGGCAGUUGGCAAUUGACCUUGGUUAUGGCCGCCGUAUUUCCUCUCUUGCUCCUGGGCAGCUGGGCUCGUGCGGCACAAUUCAAGGGCAAGAAGCUGUCGGACAACUUGGCCGACUCGGGGUCGUUGGCAACUGAAGCGAUUACGAAUGCCCGUACUGUGACUGCGUUUGGCUUACAACAAGAUAUCAUUUCUCGUUACGACGUGCUCUUGGAAAAACCACUCAAGGAAGGGUCGAAAGAAGCGCACGUCAAUGGCCUGAUGAACGGUUUUUCGACAGCAUCCAUGUUUGCCGUGUAUGCUCUUGUGUUUUGGUAUGGGGCCAAGUUGAUGCAAAGUGGCAGCAUUGACUUUGGUGAACUCAUGCGCACCCUGAUGGCCAUCAUGAUGGCUUCUCAAGGUGUCGGUCAAACUGCUGGGUUCAUGGGGGAUACCGAUGCUGCCAAGAAAUCUGCGUCCAAAAUCUUCUCGAUUGUCGACCGUGUGUCUCCCGUGGAUUCCUCGUCGAACGAAGGCAAGAUUCCUCCCACUGUAACUGGUCGUAUUCAAUUCAAGGACGUGGCGUUCAACUAUCCAUCGCGCCCGAACGUGAAGGUUUUGAAGCACUACGACUUGACCAUCGAACCUGGUCAGACCGUGGCAUUUUGCGGUCCCAGUGGUGGUGGCAAGAGUACUUGCGUGGCGCUGUUGGAACGCUUUUACAACCCCAUUUCUGGCUCCAUCGAACUGGAUGGUCAAGACAUUUCGACGUUAAACUUGAAGUGGCUUCGCUCGCAAAUGGGACUUGUCGGCCAAGAACCUGUCUUGUUUGUCGGAACGAUUGCCGAAAACAUUGCCAGUGGCUUGUCCAACUACGAAACCCUGCCGGACUUGCAACAACGUGUGGAGGCGGCGGCCAAGAUGGCCAACGCGCACAACUUCAUUACGCAAUUCCCCGAUGGGUACAACACUCAAGUGGGACUCAAGGGCGAGCAAUUGUCUGGCGGGCAAAAGCAGCGUAUUGCUAUUGCUCGGGCUAUCAUGAAGAACCCGAGCAUCUUGUUGUUGGACGAAGCCACUAGUGCCCUCGAUUCGGAAUCGGAACGCGUCGUUCAAGAAGCACUUGACAACCUGUUGGCCGAGAAGGGACGCACAACGAUUGUAAUUGCCCAUCGGUUAUCGACAAUCCGCAACGCCGACAAGAUUUGUGUGGUCAGUGGCGGUCGCGUUGCUGAACAAGGUACCCACGAAGAGCUCAUGAAGCUGAAUGGCAUCUACACCAAAUUGGUCCAAACCAACACCAAAAACUAGCAAGUUUUGCUUUUAUAGACCCCAUAUUAUUUUCAAAACGGUCGUUAUUCGUGCAGCCAGACAGCACUUAUUUCCACCCGGGGACGGGGAUGAAUAUUCCACGCAUGACGAUUUGCUUGUGACC